CUGCACUACGGGACCCUCCUGGGCAGCAGAGCUUGUGUCCACAUGGCAGCAGCUGCCUGGGCCACUGGGUUUCUCAAUGCUCUGCUGCACACGGCCAAUACAUUUUCACUGCCCCUGUGCAAGGGCAAUGCCCUGGGCCAGUUCUUCUGUGAAAUCCCCCAGAUCCUCAAGCUCUCCUGCUCACACUCCUACCUCAGGGAACUUGGGCUUAUUGUGUUUAAUCUCUUAGUAGUAUUUGGGUGUUUUGUGUUCAUUGUGGUGUCCUAUGUGCAGAUCUUGAGGGCCGUGCUGAGGAUCCCCUCUGAGCAGGGACGGCACAAAGCCUUUUCCACCUGCCUCCCUCACCUGGCCGUGGUCUCCCUGUUUGUCAGCACUAUUAUGUUUGCCUACCUGAAGCCCCCCUCCAUAUCCUCCCCAUCCCUGGACCUGGUGGUGUCUGUUCUGUACUCAGUGGUGCCUCCAAGCGACCAGGUGAGUUUCUUCAAGGUCUUCAUUCAGGUUUGCGUCGACUCCAUCACAGCACAGGAGGGAGAGUAA